GCUGCCUUAUCGUAGAAACGUUUGCCGCAUGAAUCAUUUCAAAAUUUUCCUCAUUACUUAAAAAUCUUUGUUAAGUUUUUUUUUUAGAUAAUAACUUACUCCUGACUUUAGUGGCUUUAGGGAAGCCUUUGUAUGACGUUGUCUCUUUUAGCAUUAAGGCAAGCAAUGGCGGGACAAUAUUUAGUUUUCAUGCUCGGUUGCGUUCACCCGUUUAGAUAGGCAACAACGCGUGGCAACGUUACGGGGUGAUCUUGGGCCACUUCGAUCUAUUGUGACACUAUAUUCUAGAUGUUUCUUAAUGUAAACCAAUACUGGAGUCCCAAAUGAUUUGCUUUUCAAAGCCGAUUCACAAGGUAUUUCCGUUUUUUUCAGGUGUAGUAGACGUCACCAUCGUCAGUAAGUACCAGUUCUUUGAUGAGCCAGCGGACACCUGGCUGUACUGUUACUACACGGGGAGUCUCAUCAACCAUCAGAACGGGUACCAGUUCGGUGUAGAGGUCAACACUGGCUCAGGAACGGUGUUUACAUCACGGAGAGGCACCGGCGAGAUAUCAGGGCGCUAUAAUGUGAGAAUCUAUGGUGACGCUGGUGACUUCCGGGUCGGGGCAUUCUCCUGUCGAGUAAGGACCCCUGACAAUAGUCAAACCGAAAAGGCCAUCACCUUCAAAAUGAAGUCACAGGCCGAUGUCUGGCCCGUGACCUUCACAGUGACCGCCAACACAGGUGACCCCGUGACCCUACAGAUGGUGCAGAAGUCCAACAGAACCGGUACCCUGGUGUGGAGGAAGGGCGGGGUCGGGGGGACUGUCCUGACUGGACAGAACGGUCUCAACUUCACCAUGGCCAGUGUCCGGGCUUCAGAUGAGGGGAUCUAUGAGUGCUACUAUCAGGGGGAUACUGAUAGAAAACAGGGCAUCAUGAGGCUCAUUGUAAGAGGUUGCACUGAGAACAAGUGGGGUCCGCCCUCCUGUACCGGUGACUGUCCUGUGUGCUACAACGGCGGUGUGUGUGACGACAACAGCGGGGAAUGUGUGUGUCCUCCGGGCUUCCAUGGACAAAACUGUGAAAGUGCCUGUGCGAACAACCAGAUCGGUACCAGCUGCACGAGAGAGUGUGAGGGUGGAGACUGUACAGGCCAGCUGUUGUGUGUGAUGGACCCGUACGGCUGCUCCUGUGCUCCUGGACUCAUGGGGAUAGAGUGUAACACAGGUUGUCCAGACGGCAUGUACGGAGCAGGCUGCACCCAAACCUGUCACUGUGCCAGUGGAGGUUCCGUGUGUGACGUCAUGACUGGUGCCUGCUCUAGUGGAGGGUGUGAGGCUGGGUGGGAGGGGAGCAACUGUCAGACAGAAUGUGAUGACGGUUAUUACGGUAACGACUGCGGGGAAAGUUGUGGAAACUGUGUGACAGGGACGGUUUGUGACAAAACCAACGGCAACUGUCCCGGGUGUGAGGAACCUUGGGUCGGAGACACCUGCAAAAUGAUACCUGCAACAGUUUCAGAAGGUCCAGAAAGCGUAACUCUAGUUGUCGAGAAUGACACAACGUUCAGCUGCACCGGUCGCGGUGUUCCUGGCCCUAGUGUCGUCUGGUAUCAUGGCGAAGAAAUCAUCACACCUGGAAACGGGAUCAGGAUAGACGUUACAGAUGGCGGUCUGGUGGGAGAACAACACGUGAUCCACAGCACCUUAACCAUUACGUCAGUACGUCGACAACAUAACGGGAAGUACGUCUGUAUCUCCUCUAACGUGGCGGGGCACGAGACGUCACAAGAAGCUACACUCGUGGUGCAAGAACGUCCUGAUGACGUGACAGUAAACGUCACCGCCGUGAACUCUACAACCCUACACGUCACGUGGAUAGUAGGUGAAACCGGUAACCUCGACAUCCUCGACUCCCAGGUACGCUACAAACGGAGCGACACGGAGGACUGGGGAGACUGGGAGUCUACUGGAGUUUCUGGUGCGAAGGGUGAUGUCUACAUUCAUAGCUUACAGCUGGCCGUCAUGUACGAUGUUCAAGUGCGGGUGCACAACUUGCUGGGAUGGAGCGAUCCUGGUAGUGGUCGGAUGGGAACUACAGACGAAACAGGUCCACCCGAAAGUGUUAGUGUCGCCUCCAUCAUUGGUGGUAGCGUUGGGGCUGCCCUGCUGGUCGUCGUUCUGUUGACAGUCGGCAUAAUAUGCUACAGAAGGAGACACGCUGCUGAGCGACAGGACCCCAUAGGCGGUCAAAUAGACCUGAACAUGAUCAAAACUGACGAUCCCUCCGACAGUGCAUCAGCUGAGAAUCCUACAUGUACAGAAUUGCAUGAAUACAAUUCGCCUUAUGAAACGCCGAUUUACAACAUCACAGACCUUGUAACUGUGGAUGACGUAGUGGAAUUCCUAAAGGCCAAGGGCUUUGGCCAGUACGCUGCAGCAUUUAAGAGGCACAAAAUAGACGGAGUUGCCGUAAUGUACCUGAACGACGCUGUGCUUGCUGAGCUCGUCCCUGAGAUCGGGCCGAGGGUAAAACUACAGAAAGCCCUGCAAGAGCUGAAGGACAACCAGACAUACACCUCACUGCUGAACUAAGAAUCCACUGACAGAGACAUAGAAGAAUCAUUUUGCCAAGAAGGAAACGUUGUCUCAUGUUCUCACCAACACAUAGCCAGAAUGACCAAUGUGACUCUAGGAAUAUCAAGCAUACAGAAAUAUGUUCUACUGGACAAUCUUAUGCUAAUUAUGAAACAUUUCAAUAAUGAAAUGAAGAUUACACAUUCAUUUUUAUCACAAACAUGGCACAUAUACUGUACAAGCUGCAUCAUAAGAUAGGAAUAUAUUAGGAUAAUAGAUUGCAAAUUUUAAGCAAACAAAAACAAUUCAUAGUUUACAUUUCCUGUUUACGAUAUUUACAUCAUUUUGUAUUUUUAUCUUAUUUAACCAAGAUAACAGUGUGCAUCUUCUGCCCAUCUAUGUAAUUCACUUUGCACAAACUAAAAUAUGACAACGAACAUUUAGUCCAGAGAAUUCACAACUGCAAACUACCACCACUGGUCUUGUGCUAAAACAAAACGGGGUCCAGAACAAAAAUUACCAUAAAAACCUGCCAUUAACACAGUAGCUUGAGAACCAAAUCAGCCCCACCUCACAUUAUCCUCCCUGGCACUAAGACUACAGUCAAUGACAGGGUUAUAUCUUGGCCAUUCAAUGCCAUUUCCUAACAGCAAGAUUAUGCUAAUUCUAUUGGAAAGGACAACUUAUACUGACAAACUUUAGCUAUAUAAAGUACAUGUGAGCCAAUGCAAUUCCUGUGAAACGUAAAUAUGUUCCACUCAUUUGAUUUCUGUAUAAUUACAAUUCUUUUUGUACAAAGGCUUUGGUCAAGCAUUGCAUACAAUUGAGUUAACAGGAUCUAAUGAUAGAAAGCAUCAUCUAAGUACAAAUGUAUGUUACCUUUACUGACCUACAGCAUACGGUGUAGGGCAUUUUAUAAAUAAGCAACUGUUCCAGCAAUCUUUUUCCCUCCACAGCAAAUAUUCAUCUUAACCAACAUAUAUAUAUAUAUAUAGAAUAACUAAAACUUUUCUAUUGUAGUCAGAGCAUUUACAGCUACAAGAUGCAGUAUACUAUAGAGAUAUACAUCUGUAACUAAUAGAAUUACCAAUGGGUACCUGAUAGCAUGUACCUCUAUUCUAGGCUGCACAACAUGUAGGUAAGACUGAACUCAGUUAUGAAGGAAUCUACUUUUAUCCAAUAUCAUAUAACCAUGAGGUAGCGUAUUAUCUGUAUUCUUAGGCCACACCAAUUUAAUUUCUUGGUUCACGGAUUUUUU